AGGCAGGAGAUAAAGAUACAUACAGUCUAUAGAAAAAGAAAGAAAGAAAGAGAAAGAGAGAGAGUUCAAUAUAUGGAGGGAAUCAAUUUCAGACAUAUGGUUCUGAUUGCGUUUCAUAAACAAACAACCUCGGUUCUUACUAAGAAGAUGAAUGAGAGAGAGAGAGAGAAUUUAAGAGUUUUUUUUUUUUUUUUGAAAAUAAGAAGAGUCAUCACCUCUAAACCAAGAUCUUAUUGGUCCACGUGGCAUCCAUGACUGAAGCCCCCUCCCCUGAUCCUACUACGAUAGCUAUCUGGUCCUAUUAUGUAUUUUGACAUGAAAACACCAAUAUUGUCAUCAAAUCUGUCCUUUGCAAUUUCAAAGCUCAGGCUCUCUAUAUUAUGAUGCAAAACUCCACAUGUUUUUACAUGAUGGAACUCCCACCAUCCACCAGCACCCAUUACACAUAUCAGAACCUCCUCCAUUAUAUUGUCAUCACCUUCUUUGCUCUCUCUCUCUCUCUCUCUCAAACACGCUCAAAAUACACAUUUGCAACUGCAUUACAGGUUACAGACAGCUUCUCAUAUGUCUGCCACUUGCCGUGCCUUUCCAAUUUGUUGUCUUUCAUCUGCUUCCAUUUCUUCUUAUUUACCAUUUUUAUUCAAGCAGGAUGAGAAAAAAAAAAAAUCCUCUCCUUUCACCAUUUUACCAUUGGUAUUCUUUUCCAUCCUUUAACCACACACUAGCUGCGUAAUCUUCUGGCAUAAUCGUUUCGGAUGUGUCACAGGCAUCGCUAGAAAAAAAGGAGAGAAAUAAAGUCCCAUCCCGUGUCAUUACAAGUUACAACCCGUGGUGCCCCUCCCUAUAUAUAAUCCUUUCUUAAAGGACUUACCUCAGCACAAGUUGUAACAUUUCUCUACUGUUUUCUACCUUUGAGCACUUGAGAGACACAAAAUUAAAUGUCGUUUUCUAGCACCAAAAACUUCUUCCAGCGCUUCUGUAUUGAUGAUCAAUUCCAAAUGGGAAGUCUUGUUCAUAGCAGCUUCUUCUCUAGUGAUCUCUUGCCUUCCCUUGGAGCCAGAAUCAAUCAGGCAACUAAACUUCGGAAAUACAUUAUUUCCCCUUUCAAUCCCCGUUAUAGGGCUUGGGAGAUGUUAUUGGUUGUUCUGGUUAUCUACUCUGCCUGGAUUUGCCCAUUCGAGUUUGCAUUUCUGCCUUACAAGCAAGAUGCUCUUUUCAUAUUCGACAACAUUGUCAAUGGCUUCUUCGCCGUCGACAUCUUCCUCACCUUCUUUGUUGCAUAUCUUGACAGCCACUCCUACCUUCUGGUUGAUGAUCCCAAGAAAAUUGCAAUGAGGUACAUAUGUACCUGGUUUAUUUUCGAUGUCUGUUCCACGGCACCAUUUCAAUCCAUUAGCCUCCUCUCCGCAAAUCAUGGCAGUGAACUCGGCUUUAAACUACUCAACAUGCUUAGACUCUGGCGUCUCAGGCGAGUCAGCUUCCUGUUUGCAAGACUGGAGAAGGACAUCCGCUUCAAUUACUUCUGGACUCGCUGCAUUAAGCUCAUCUCUGUAACCCUGUUUGCAGUACACUGUGCUGGAUGCUUCAAUUACCUGAUUGCAGAUAGAUACCCCGACCCGAAACGAACCUGGAUUGGAGCAGUCAACCCGAAUUUCAAAGAAGAUAGUCUUCGGAACAGAUAUGUAACAUCAAUGUAUUGGUCUAUCACCACACUUACUACCACUGGUUAUGGGGAUUUGCACGCGGAAAACCCGAGGGAGAUGCUGUUUGAUAUCUUUUACAUGCUGUUCAAUCUUGGAUUGACUUCCUACCUCAUUGGAAAUAUGACCAACCUUGUCGUUCACUGGACCAGCCGCACCAGAAACUUCAGGGACACGGUUAGAGCUGCAUCAGAAUUUGCUGCACGAAAUCACUUGCCGCCUCGCAUCCAGGAUCAGAUGUUGUCACAUAUAUGUUUGAGGUUUAAAACAGAAGGAUUGAAGCAGCAAGAAACCCUCAAUGGUUUGCCCAGAGCAAUACGUUCAAGCAUUUCGCACUAUCUCUUCUUCCCCAUUUUGCAGAAAGCAUAUCUAUUUCAAGGAGUUUCUCAUGAUUUCCUUUUCCAAUUGGUUUCGGAGACUGAGGCUGAGUACUUCCCACCAAGGGAAGAUGUUAUUCUGGAGAAUGAGGCUCCUACUGAUAUCUACAUUAUUGUUUCAGGAGCAGUGGAAUUGAUUUGCAAUAUCGAUGGGCACGAUCAAAUUCUUGGGAAAGCAGUUGCAGGAGAUACAUUUGGAGAAAUAGGAGUCCUAUGUUACAGACCGCAGCCAUUCACAGUUCGGACCUCUGUGCUUUCUCAAAUUUUACGACUGAACAGAGUUCCACUGAUGAACGCUAUACAAGCAAAUGCAGAAGAUGGGAACAUAAUUAUGAAUAAUCUUUUCCAGUGCAAUUCACAGAAAAUCAAAGGGCAAGAAAGCUUAGGCUGUGAAUACUCAGAGAAAGAUCCAGGAUUGAUCCUUCCAGACUGCCAUGGUGAAGGAGACAUAGAAGGUUGCUGUUCUUACAAGGGAUGUCAAGACAAUUCACAUGACAAUCAAUUAAAGAAGGAAGAUCUGAAAGUUUAUUCCCCAAAAUCGAUAGGAAAGAAUGAAACAGGCAAAGCUCGUACCCCUACUAGAUCAACAUUGGAUGUAAACUGGAUAAAGGGGGAUGGCCAAACAGCUCUUCAUGCGGCUGUUUCCAAGGGACAUCUUGAAAUGGUUAAGAUUUUGCUUGAAAGAGGAGCAAACGUAAACAAACCAGAUGCCAGAGGAUGGACUCCAAAAACCUUAGCAGAAAAGCAUGGAAACAAGAGUAUAUAUGAUCUGUUACUAAGUUACGAAGAUAGAAGAAAACCAGACGAACAUAGAAUUGAGUUCCUUGCGCCAGAAGUGGGUGAGAGCACUGGGAAUUGUCAAAGACAAUGUGAAAGAGAGGAGAGUUCCCAGAUUUCCCACUCUCACUUAAAUAAGGUUCCAAAGAACUCCUACUCAAGCGCUUUGAAACCAGACAGGAAGAGAGUCACCAUCCAUAUGCAGUUUCAAGACAGAAGUGAAUCAUACCGGCAGUUCGGGAAGUUAAUAAUUCUACCUGACUCAAUGGAAGAGCUGUUCAAGAUUGCCAGUGAAAAAUUUGGAGGCUACAAACCAACAAAAGUCCUAAACUCUGAGAAUGCAGAAAUAGAUGACAUAAGUGUCAUUCGCGAUGGCGAUCAUCUGUUUCUACUUCAUUAUGAUAGUGACAAUACUGAUUUUGAUGUCAUCUAACAAUUUUUCAAGAGAAAUAAUGCAGAUGCAUAUGCAAAGAUAGAUUGUAACAUUUAGGCAACGUUCAAUAAGGAAAUUAACAAAAUUUAACUACAUAAAUCGUAUUGGGCCUUCAAUCA